UCUUCUAAUUCCAUAUAUAAACAUGGACCGAGACCGCGAGACGUAUGGAUAAUUUAUUAUGGAAUUCACAUAUUGAAGGUGAACCAAUAUUAUUUCAUGAUCAUAAACCAAUGAUCAAUCAAACCAUGAUGAUGGUGAAUCUGGGCCUGAUCUUGAUUCCUUUUUUCCUCUUAAUCCUUUUAACCAAUUUGAAUUUCAUUAAGAAAUGGAAGAUGAGAUCCAAAGAUUCAGCGAACAUAGCAGCAAAAAAGCUGCCACCAGGGCCAUGGAAACUCCCCAUCAUAGGGAGUAUCCAUCAUCUCAUGGGUUCACUUCCUCACCAAGCUCUCCGAAAUUUAGCCCAGAAACAUGGAGAUCUAAUGCACCUUCAGCUCGGAGAAAUUCCGGCCAUCGUCGUAUCGUCCCCUCGAACGGCGAGGGCGAUAAUGAAAACACAUGAUCUCGCAUUCGCAAACAGGCUUGAGUGUCUGGUUGGGAAGAUCAUAUUGUACAAUUAUUCCGACGUCGGGUUUUGCCCUUACGGCGAUUACUGGAGACAGAUGCGUAAAAUAUGCAGUUUGGAACUCCUGAGCACCAGAAAUGUACGAUCCCUCGGUUCGAUUCGACAAGACGAGGCGUUUCGCCUCGUUUCGUCGAUUCAGGAGGAGGCGAGAAUUGGGAAAAAAUCAGGUGGUGUUAUAAUAAAUUUCACGCAGAAAACUUCCUCGUACACCAGUUCAAUGGUCUGCAGAGCGGCAUUCGGUCGAACAUUUGGAGUGCAUCGGGACAUAUUGUUGGAGCUGAUAAAGGAAGCUUUACUGUUGACGAGCGGGUUUGACGUUUCCGAUCUUUUUCCAUCGCUGAAAAUUCUCCAUCAUCUCAGCCGGAUGAAGCCCAAGUUGCUGGAACUGCACCGGAAGAUGGAUGAGAUCCUUGAUAUCAUAAUCCGGGAGCACGCCGAGAACCCGACUGGCCGGAACGGCGAGUUCGGGCAAGAGGAUCUGAUUGAUGUUCUACUCAGGAACAAACAAAGUGGUGACCUUCCUUUUCCGAUCACCAACACAAACAUCAAAGCCGUUUUGCUGGAUAUGUUCACCGGAGGAGUGGAAACUUCGGCCACCGCGGUAGAAUGGGCAAUGUCGGAGAUGAUGAAACAUCCCGACAUAUUAGCAAAGGCACAGAAUGAAAUAAGAAAAUCGUCGUUGAUGCGAAAGGAAAUAAUUGAAGAAGCUGAUAUUCAAAGUUUCAGUUACUUGAAAUUAGUGAUAAAAGAAACUUUACGACUUCAUCCUCCGCUUCCUCUCUUGAUACCUAGAGAAAGCAGGGAGCAAUGUGAAAUUGACGGAUAUAUUAUCCCUCCGAAAACUAGAGUCUUGGUCAACGCGUGGGCCAUCGGGAGGGAUCCCGAGGCCUGGGAUGACCCGGAAAGUUUUAGGCCCGAGAGGUUUGAGAAUCACUCCGUUGACUUCAAUGGAACGAAUCAUGAAUACAUACCGUUUGGUGCUGGGAGGAGGAGUUGCCCCGGAAUCUCAUUUGGUUUAGCUAAUAUUGAAGUUCCAUUAGCUAAUCUGUUGUACUUCUUUGAUUGGAAACUUCCAGAUGGCGUUGAGAAUAGCGAUUUAGACAUGACUGAGACACACGGAAUAACCGCUGCAAGGAAAAACAACCUCCUCUUGAUUCCAUCUAUGUAUACAAAUCCCGGCCUAUGAUAACUGUUGUUAAAGCUAUGAGUGGAAGUAUACUUUGGUAGGUUUUUUUUUUUCCCUUGUACUUUUUCGUCUAUAUAAAAGAGAAGGCAUGCAUGAUCACGUACAUCAUAUUGAUCAGAGUUUAGUAGUAUGUUAAUAAAUUGCCAUAUAAAGUUUGGAGAAAUUACAAGUUGUAGGUUGGUUUUGAUGGUAUCCUAUAGUUGAGGUGGAGAACAGUCACAAAGAGACGGUUCUUCUUGAUUUUGUCUCGUCUCCAAAACCUACAUUAGAUGGAA